GAACACAAGAAGCCAUUGCAAUGUGUCUGCACGUGGAGACAAAAGAAGCCGUCAAUGAAACCCUGUGUGACAACUCCAAGAGACCACCACCAAUGACCCGUGCUUGCAAUGCGAAGCUUUGCCCUCCAAGGUGGCAGAGCGGUCCCUGGAGACGCUGCUCUGCGACGUGCGGGGUUGGGAUACAGACGAGGGAGGUGUACUGCCAGCAGCCGGGAGGAUCUGCUGUUGCUGCAGAAGACUGCAAGGACAAAAAGCCUCAUUCUUUACAAGCUUGUAACCAGAUUGAUUGUCUCCCUGUUUGGCACGUCGAGGAGUGGCAGCAGUGCUCACGUACUUGUGGAGGAGGGGUUCAGACCCGCAGAGUGUACUGUAAGCAGCUGUUGACAGACGGAAGUUUCCUGAAGCACUCUGAUGAUACCUGCCAGGAGCUGAAAUUGCCAACUAGUAAACCAUGUGCAAAAGUUGAUUGCCCUCCUCAGCUAGUCGUAGGAGAAUGGUCCAAGUGCUCAGUGAGCUGCGGUGCUGGAAUCCAGAGAAGGAAACUUGCCUGCCAAACCCUAACAGCGAAGGGCCAAUAUGUCACAUUAAACGGAUCAAUGUGUAGCGGUCUGUCUCCGCCGCUGCUUGUAAGGUCUUGUCAGAUGAGCGCCUGCAACAAGAUUAAACCAAAGCUUCCAGAAAAGUAUUCUGCUCAUGGACCUCAGAUUGUCAGCAUUCACCGAGUCUAUAUUCAAACGAGACAGGAGAAGCGCAUCAAUUUUACCAUAGGAAGCCGUGCCUACUUGCUUCCAAAAACAUCUGUUGUAAUUAAGUGCCCUGUACGAAGGUUCCAGAAGUCCCUUAUCCGGUGGGAGAAAGAUGGACAGCACUUACAAAACUCUAAAAGACUUGGCAUCACUAAGUCAGGCUCGCUGAAAAUACACAGUCUGGAAGCUACUGAUAUUGGUGUGUACCGGUGUGUUGCAGGCUCCGUGCACGAAACAUUUGUGCUCAAACUCAUUGGUACCAACAACCGACUGAUCGAACCACCAAAUCUUAGAAAACAGGCCAGUGAGACCAGUAACACAGAUCACAACGAGGCCAACAGCUUCGGGGCCAAAUGGCAUAAAAUGAGCAAAAUGUGGCAAAUGUGGAGUAAGAAGAACGAGCUCUAUCUGGGUGACAGGCAAGUCAACGAUCAGCCGCUUCUGCGGAAUCUGGGCACCUUAGGGGGUAAUUCGGCAGAAGAGUUCGGCUCUCGGGAAUUCAAGAAUAAGCGACUGGAGGCAGCAGUUCUGCAAGGCGCCUACAGCAUGGACACUGUGCAGUUUGAAGAACUCAUCAGGAACAUGAGUCAGCUCAUUGAAAAUGGAGAAGUCAGUGAUGACUUGGCGUCCCAGGUCAUUUAUCAGUUAGUUGCCGAAUUAUCCAGGCCUCCACAACCCACUACUGAAAAGUGGAAGGGGGCCCAGGAUGAGAAGCUUGCCUCAAAACUCACAGUCAAAUCACCUAAUGGAUCUGAACGUUUCGGCACAAAAACUGUUGAUAAGUUAACGUUUGACCAGAAGGUUCCAGUUAUUAUGAGGCAAAAGGAAAUUCCUCGAGUUUCCUUCAACGAAACAGUAACUGUGAGAAUUGGAAAUGUGGUUUUUCUGACCAAGAAUACACGUGCUGUCAAUCUCCUGUGUGAAACAGCUGGUAUCAUUGACGUGAAAUACACUUGGACGAAAGAUGGCGAGACAUUAAAAGCCUCUGAGAAGGUGAUCCUGGACACCAUUGGGAAAGUGCAGAUUCAGAAUCCUACUCCAAAGGAAGCUGGUACAUAUGGAUGCCUGGUGGUUAAUGACUUCGGCUUUGAUAUGGAAACAUCGUUGCUGCUGCGCGCAGAGAUUCCUGUCAUCUUGUCCUCUGUGUUAAAUGUCACAAAUCUGGAAGCCAGCAAUCUCUCAGCAGUUGUUGGAGGUACAAUCGUGGCAAGAAUUGGAGCAACUAUUAUGGUUGAAUGUCCAGUGAAAGGUGUUCCCCAACCAAAUGUAACAUGGUUUAAGAAGGACAGUCUACAAAUCAAUUCUUUCUUGGUUUUGAAUGGCUCUUUAUUCCUGAGGAAUGUUUCCUAUGAAGAUGCAGGAACAUACACCUGCAGAGCAACUAACGCUCUCGGAAAAUCUGAAGCUGCAUCUGUUCUCCACUUAACUGACCAAAGAUAUGCAGAGAAUAAGACUCUGUUAUCAAAGGGGAGCAGAAGAAAGCGUGUCCUAAUGGCAACUGGAAUUGGUACAAAUGUCAGUGUGGUACCCGGAGACCCACUAAGAAUAGGUUGCCCGGUGCUGCCCAGCUACAGAAACACAGUUCACUGGCUUUUCGGAGAUAGUCCACUUGAGGAAGUGAAGAGCUUGGAAUACCGAACCCUAGUUGGGGGUCGUAUCCUAGAGGUGAACACCAACUCUGGUCAAUUCGCUGGACAAUUCCAAUGUUGGACUUCAGCUAGAACAAAACCAAUGUCAGUUUGGGUAAAUGUCAAGAAGGAAGAUUAUAAAUGGGAAUAUGAUGAGUGGAGCACUUGCUCUGCCACCUGUGGGAAUUCAGGAACCCGCUCCAGAAGACUGCGGUGCGUGAACGCAGAGAGACAGAGAGUAAAUGAGUCGUUGUGCCGAGAGCUGCCAAAGCCCGCGAUUAUUCACCAGUUGUGCAACACAGAUGACUGCCCUGCUAGGUGGGUAACGAGCCCGUGGUCCGAGUGCUCUGCGUCUUGUGGCCAUGGAUUUCGCUAUCGACAAGUCACGUGUCAGCAAGCGCAGGCCGACGGCAGCGUGCUGACACGGCUGCCGGGCGCUUGUGCCCGCAGCGAGCGCCCUGCGGGGAGGCAGCCCU